GGUCGAGCUGAGCCCAGGCCCAAGCAUCAACGCCGGCCCGACGCGCCGUACGGACCGCGAGGGCGGCGGCGCGCUCAUGCGCCGCGGCGCCACGCCAUUUUGCGGGUCCUCCCUGUUCCAUUCAGCCUCGCUGCCCUCGCGGAGCUGCGCCCCCGAAACCUUCACGCCCACCGCCGCCCCCUCCGCCGGUACGUGCUUGUAGUAGUAGUCGAGGAGCUUCGGCGGCUAAGACCAAUCGACCAUGGCAACCCGUAUUCAGUUUGAGAACAAUUGCGAGGUUGGUGUUUUCUCCAAGCUGACAAAUGCCUACUGUCUGGUAGCAAUCGGAGGGUCCGAAAAUUUCUACAGUGCAUUUGAGGCUGAGCUUGCAGAUGUCAUUCCUGUGGUCAAGACAUCAAUAGGUGGCACUAGAAUAAUCGGUCGGCUCUGUGUUGGAAACAAGAAUGGACUUCUCUUGCCACACACUACUACGGACCAAGAGCUUCAGCAUCUUAGGAACUGCCUGCCUGAUCAAGUGGUUGUUCAGCGUAUUGACGAAAGGCUUUCUGCCCUUGGCAAUUGUGUAGCCUGCAAUGACCAUGUUGCGCUUACCCACCCUGAUCUCGACAAGGCAACUGAGGAGCUUAUUGCAGAUGUGCUUGGUGUUGAGGUUUUCCGGCAGACUGUUGCGGGAAAUAUCCUAGUUGGGAGUUACUGUGCAUUCUCUAACAGGGGUGGCUUGGUGCAUCCUCAUACAUCCAUUGAAGACCUCGAUGAGCUGUCCACGCUCCUACAAGUCCCUCUCGUUGCUGGAACCGUGAACAGAGGCAGCGAAGUCAUUGCUGCAGGCAUGACAGUGAAUGACUGGACUGCGUUUUGCGGCUCAGACACAACAGCCACCGAGCUCUCUGUCAUCGAAAGCGUCUUCAAGCUGAGAGAAGGGCAACCCACCGCCAUUGUCGCCGACAUGAGGAAGUCUCUGAUAGACAGUUACGUGUAACUGAGAUCCUGCAAAUGUGGGUCUCUACUAUUAACUGUGUUAAGAGCUGCUUCAAAUUAUACUUGUGCUAUGAGUACUAAAACCUACACGGCUACACCGUAAACUUGGUGGUGUAUCCUGGGCUUCUGAAUGAAUCGUAGACUUGAUGCGUUA